AUGGCGCAAAAUACCCAAACUACCCCUAAGCCUCGGGCGGAGAGGCAUAGGCACAAGCAUAGGAAGGAGCUGGCCGAGGCGGGGCUGGCGACACCCAGCGCAAAAGGCAAGGAGAGGGCCGUCGAAGUCCCUACAGCGACAACACCUGGUGCAGACGGCAAGGCCGGUAAGAAGAGGAGAAAGAGGCAGGUGCCCAAUGGAGGUCCCAUUCAUGAGGGUGCUUCUGCUCAGCAACAUGCCGAGUCUUCUGCUUCUGCUUUGAGACGGACAGGGGAUGAGGAGACAUGGGACCCUAUACCUGUCGCCCAAAAUGAGGUGUCUCGUGUGCCUCUAGUCUGGUCCACCGAUGGCAGAUUUUACUUGUCUGUGGUCCACACGUCCAUUCACGUGCACUCAUCAGUAGCGCCAGACUUUACACGUCUGUCAACGCUCUCCUCAACUCAUGCCAAAGGUCAUACCAAGGCCAUCACAUCCCUUCAUCUGUCUCCUAUAAAUCCCUUCCAAGCAAUUUCAUCUUCUUUGGAUGGUACUGUAAAGGUUUGGGAUUGGAUAACAGGCCGUCUUGUGAGGACAAUCGAGAUCCAGGAGCCUAGUUCCAAGGUCGAGCAUGUCACUUUCGGACAGGUCGCCGGCAAGUGGUGGCUAUUCGCUGCAGUGACUCACUCCAAGCCAAGUUCCAGCGGAUCCAAAUUGGCCUACAAGGUUCUGCGAAUGCCUCUUUCUGGCAAGACUAGUCCUGUGCUCCUCGGGAAACUCUCCAACCCUCCCGUCGCGCUCAUGAUGUCCCCCCGAAACACCUACCUUGUCGCUCUGGCAUCUACCAAAGCAUACACGUACCGCAUGCCUGUCUCCUCUAAAGCCUUUGACCCCUGGCAAGACCGCCCUACUUGCGUCAAGUUUGUCUCUGACCAACCUUUCACUUGUGGUGCUUUCUGCCCCGAAAAGGCUCUCGCUUCUGCCAAGGAAGAGGAGUGGUUCGCCACUGGUGAUCAGCAGGGUGUCAUUCGAUUGUGGCAUGGUCUGACUCAGGCUUUCCUUCAAGUUGACGCAGCCACCCGCGUUGCAUUGGGCGGCAUCGGCGAUACCUCCAAAGCCGUGUUGCCCGAGACCGAGAAGCGUCUCCCCACGACCUCCCUUCAUUGGCAUGCCCACGCGGUGGCUGCCAUUGCCUUCACUCCAUCCGGCUCUCAGCUGCUGUCCGUCGGCGAGGAGUCCGUGCUCGUCCAGUGGCAUCUCGCUUCUGGCAGACGCGAGUAUAUUCCUCGUCUCGGUGGUCGCCCCAUCAUCAGUCUUGCUGUGCGACGUGCUACUGGCACUUCUGAGGAGGAGUGGUGGAUGUCUUUGGCCGAUGGCUCUGUCAUCCGUGUCGGGGGCUCUACGAGCUCUAUCGCCAACGUCGGCCAAGGCAUCCGUCUUGACCCCCUUCGCCCCUCCUCCCCCGACGUCUCUUACCCUAUCUCCGUCCACCCCGCCACCCGUGCUCUCGUGGUCCCUUCCUCCCACCCAUCUACUCUCCAGUUCAUCGACCCCAUUGCUUCCACUGUCAUCUUCGACCUGGAAGUCGUACCCUCAAACCGCGUCAGCAGGCGAGACGAAAAAGAGCUCGAACCUGUCCGAGUCGAAAAGGUCACUUUCACUGAGGAGCAAGAUGGCAAGUCUACGUGGAUGGCUACGAUGGAGGGCAGGAAGGGUGAUGAGGGAGAGGGCGGUGGCUUGGUCAAGACUAUGAAGAUCUGGAAGUGGGUUGAUGAGAGGUACAUGGUGAACACGCAGUUCCCUAGGCCCCACAGCACGGCCGAUAUCACUUCGAUGUCUUUCACCUCUAUACCUGCUAUGGCUACCGCCUCCAAGUCCGUCUCAGGUCCUCAUCCCUACUUGAUCACCACUUCAGGCGACGGUGUUGCCAAGAUUUGGCAAGUCAAGCAGAGCAAGAAAAGUGAACAAGUGCACUGGUCUUGUCGUUCAACAUUUAACUACCGCAACUUGUCCAUCAUCUCAUCUGCUUCCUCCGCCGAUGCGUCAAUCCUUGCUCUGUGUCACAGCUCGGUUGUCACUCUGUGGGACAUUGCGUCCAAUAUCUUGUUGAAGGUGCUCGACGUCCCUGCGGGCGUCGAUGCGAGGACAGUCGAGUUUGUCGGAAAGGAAGGGAGGUGGUUGGUUGGCGCUGGAUCCACAGAAGGACUUGUCUCUUGGGACUUAUUGUCUUGCGAGGUCUCUUGGAGCUUGCCCAGCUUGCCAGUGUCCAGCUUGGUGCCUUCCACCGCCUCCACUUUCUUCACCGUUGCUGCUUCUUCCGCUGCCGGCACGUCGUUCAGGGUGUUCGACCCCACUUCUGCCGUCCCUCUCAGGACAGUCAACAUCUCCCACCAAUCCUCUCGUCUCCUUGCCUUGCCUUCUGCUACUGGCUCCGAAGCCGUCAGCUCUCUGCACCUUGUGUCCGUCUCUCCUUCGGGCGAGAUUUACCGUCUCGGUGACCUCGUGUCAUCAUCAUCGCGUACUGCGAUCAAGAACGUCUCCCAAGCCAAGACCUUCACCGGUCUCUCCAUCUGGCAGGAGAUGUUUGGCAAGGGCGCUUUCCUCCAAGAUUCCGAGCUCGAAGAGCCUGCUACGGCGACCGCUACUGCUCUUCAGCAACGCGUUGCCAAUAAUCUUGGGCGACCUGCGGACGUAUUUGAAGGACCAAGCCACACUAUGCCGCCUACUAGCAUGCUGUUUGACGCCUUUAUGGACGAGCUUUUGAGUGGUAACCAGGCGCCUAGAGAAGAGAAACAGGAGAAGAAUGUCGAGCAAGGAGAUGCUAUCGUGUACGAGGUUGAGGUUGACGAAAGUCGUGAGGAGAGAGAUGAGACUAAGAUUUUGAAAGCGAAGGAUGUUGCGGACGAGGAUGUGAAGGAGCUGGAAGUGUUUUUCCGAGACCUCUUGUCUUCCACACCCCGAGCGCCCAAUACACCCGCUCUCCGCAAACCUCACCCUGUACGCAAUGGCCUCCCAUCACACAUCUCGAGCGCCCAGAACACCCCAUCCCGCUCCGUGUCGACUCCCGUUCCCAAGAAAGCGAACGGUCACGGUCCCCGGGGAUCGUUGUUGGCGAGUGCUAGUAAGGACAUGGACUCUGACAUGGGGACGCCCUCGAGUACGACAGGCUCGGGAAAGAAGAAGGCGAAGAAGAGAAAGGCGCCGCAGGAGUAA